AUGGCUAAGAAGGAGUCCAACAACGUUGAGAUCUCAAUGGAUUGCCUGUCCACUAUCGAGGAGGAGGAGGAUGUUGAGUUACCAAUACCUCCUCAGUUAAUAUCUAAUGUUGGUCAUCAAGAGGAAGAGGAGGUUGAAGAAGAGGAGGAGGAGGAAGAUGAUGAUGAGGAGUUGGUUGUUGUCAAGCACAGCCACAGCCACAUCACCAACAACAACAACAAUAACAACAAUAACAAUAAUAACAAUAACAAGAACGUAAAGAAUAACAAGAAGAGGAAGUUACAGAUGGAGAAGUACUUCAAGUUGACAUCAGGCAGUAGUAAUACACGUGCUGAGCAGACGGUGUUGGUAGAGCAUCUGUCCUAUUGUGUACUUGAACGUGAUUUCCCAUUCAAACCAAAGCAACGAGUGACUAUCCUACAAGACAUAUCAUUCUACUUGGCUCCAGGCAUGAUGGUGCUGUUGGUAGCCGGACCAAGCUCUGGCAAGAGUUCACUAUUCAAGUGUCUGGUCAACCGGUAUCCAAAGAGAGGCAUACAUCACGGUGAUAUCCUGUUUGAUGGCUAUCCCAUCAAUCCAGAGACGCAUCACAUGGAUACCAUCUAUGUGUCCCAGAUGGACAAUCACAUACCCACACUCACUGUCAAGGAGACAUUGGACUUUAGUAUAUCUGGAGGCCAAAAGAAGAGAAUGACGGUAGCCGUCGAGUUGGUCAAAGGCGCCAAGACAAUAUUCAUGGAUGAGCCCACAACAGGACUGGACUCGACAACCUCCCUCGAGUUGCUCAACACAAUCAAGACGAUAUCGCAGUCGGCCAACGUACCAGUGAUGGUGUCGCUACUACAGCCAUCUCCAGAGAUCUACUCACUGUUCACUCAUGUGUUGAUGAUGAAUGAUGGACAGGUCACAUUCUUUGGCUCCAAAGACGACGUCAUACCCUACUACUCCAGUCUCGGACUACACUGCCAGCCAUCCCAGAACCACGCCGACUUCCUCGCCAACAUCUACGAGCUCGCCAAGAUCAAACAAGACGCACCUGAACUCAAGUCAACCGAUGACUUUGUUACUGCCUACCGUCAAUCACCUUUGUACAUCAACAAUUUGAACAAGAUAAGGGAGAUCAAACACAAGGUGCAACAGAGGUACAAGGAACCACCGACGCUGUUCCAGCUGAGCACGGCCAAGCAGGUGGCCAAGUGUACCAAGCGUGGCUUUGUCACAACGUUCAGGGACCGUUCGGCACUGACGUCGCGUAUCCUAAAGAGUGUGAUACUGGGCCUGCUCAUCGGGAGUCUGUUCUUCAACGUUGGCAACACACAGAAGUCCACCCAGUUGCUUCCAUCGCUCACGUUCUUCCUGUUGACGUUUGUAGUGUUUGGUUCGAUGGCUGGUGUCACUCAACUAUUCCUCGAGCGACCAGUCUACUAUGACCAAAGGUACGGGCGAUACUACAGUCCCGCUUCAUACUUUGCUUCUGGAGUGAUCUGCGACCUUGCCACCUACCUCUUUGACGUCAUCCUCUUCUCAAUGAUCUCAUACUGGAUGGUUGGGCUGGAUCACAAGUUUGAACGAUUCCUCUUCUUCAUUGUCAUCCUCUUCAUAUUGGAGUCAUUGAUCAUACGUGUUACCAAGACCAUCGCCAUCUACUCACCAAAUGCAGUGAUUGCUAGCACUUUGGCGCCUUCAUUCAUGUGCCUCUGCCUACUAAUGGCCGGCUACAUGAUACCAACAGUAUCAAUACCAAACUAUUGGAUAUGGAUGCACUACAUAUCACCAUUCAAAUGGGCUUACGAGAGCAUCCUGAUCAAUGAGGUCUACGAUCAUACAUAUCGAUGCAAGAUUGAUGAGUUCCUGCCUCCUAUCGGUCAUCCCCUGCUCAAUGUCACCUACCCCGAUGGCUACCAGGGCUCGCGCGUAUGUCCCAUCACCACGGGCGCCCAACUCAUUGCCUCCAAGGGCAUAUCCACCGAGAUCGAUGACAGGUUCCACGCCAUAUAUGUUCUAACCGUCAUGUACGGUGUGUUCUUGGCCGCCUCCCUCAUUGGCCUUUACAAGAUGACCUUUGACACAGUGUCCCGCAAACCCAUCAACGCAACAACAACAACUGUUGUUGGCCCACCCCAGCAGCGUCCUGCCGGCCCAUCAAUGAUCUCUGAGGCCAAGAUUGACAUUCGAUCGGCAAAAAAGACUAGCCGAGCCUCAUCUGGCGUCGCGGCCAUGUCAAAGAAGGAGAAUGAUGGCUGCUACUUAUCGUUCCGCAACCUGUCCUACCGCGUACCACUCAAGAGGAACGACGGUGAGCGAGUCGUUAGGACUUUGCUUGACAAUGUCAGUGGCUAUGUUGCACCUGGAACGAUGGUCGCUCUGAUGGGCUCGUCUGGCGCUGGCAAGUCCACCCUCCUCGACAUCCUGGCCAAGCGAAAGGACACUGGCGAGAUCACUGGAGACAUCCGUCUAAAUGACCGACCUUUGGACAAGUUCUUCAGUCGAUACAUCGCGUACGUCGAGCAGGAGGACAAGCUACUUGACACGCUCACUGUCCGCGAGGCCAUCAAGUUUAGCAGCGACCUUCGUCUGCCGCAGGAGCUAACAUCGGAGGCCAAGCAAGACGUCGUUGACUACAUCCUGGAAGUUCUGGAACUAGACCACAUUGAGGAUACGAUCAUUGGUAAAACAGGCUGUGGCAUCUCAUUGGAGCAACGCAAGCGAGUCAACAUUGGCAUCGAGCUGGCCAGCAACCCAGACAUCUUGUUCCUUGACGAGCCCACGACCGGCCUCGACGCAGUUAGCGCACAAAAGGUGAUGAGUCUGGUCAAGAAGGUUACAAAGCAGGGACGUUCGGUGAUCUGCACCGUCCAUCAGCCUUCAGAGACCAUCUUUAGGAUGUUUGACUCGAUCAUGCUGCUCACCCAGGGUGGCUACACGGCAUACUUUGGCGAGCUGGGUCCAGACUUCAGCACGGUACUCGCACACUGUCGCCUUGCCGGCCACACCUGUCCUCCCAACAAGAACCCUGCCGACUUUCUUCUCGACUACUCAUCGUCCAUCGAUGCCAUCACACGACUACAGAGCCAUGACACGCCAGCCAAGAUCAACUUUAUCAAAAAAUUGUUCAGCAACAAGGCCAACUCGACGGCGCCCAAGGAGGAGUCCUCGAAUAGUAUUACUCAAUCAAACUCAUCAUUGACCUGCUGUCGAGAGUGUGGCGCCGAGAAGAAGGAUGAUGUGAUCGAUGUAUAUCUCAAAUCACAGACAUAUCGCGACAACAUGGCAACACUGGAUCGCGGACUGCCCUCAUCAUUCCAGUCCAAGGUCUACACGUCUCGCUACUCGGCCAGCUUCCUCAAACAGGUACACGCACUGACCAUGCGAACACUGCUCUCGAUCUACCGCAGGAAGAACGUCAUCAUGGUGCGCGCCAUCCGAUCAUUCAUUCUGGCGUUGAUCACUGGCACACUGUUCCUGCAGAUUGACAAUGACCAGGAGGGCGUGUUUGAUCGCAUAUCCUUCAUCUUCUUCUCGUCGACGUUCGCCUCCAUCUCGUGCCUCUCCAACAUCCCGUCGAUCUUUGAAGAUAGAACACUAUUCUAUCGCGAGCUGGACUCUGGCACGUACGGCCACUUGCCAUUCAUCCUGGUGAUGAUCGUCACCGACCUGCCCUUCACCAUGGUCUACUCUAGCCUGUUCAGCAUCCCCGUCUACUGGCUAGCGGGCAUGGUCAACGACUGCCACAGCUUCAUGAUGUUCGUGGCGAUGUACUACCUGUACGUGCAAGUGCUGAUCGCCUUCUCACAGAUGCUCGGCUUUGCCUGCCCCAACAUCAGUGUAGCCAACGAGUUGACAGGCAUCGUGUUCUCCUUCUUCUCGCUGUUUGCCGGCUUCAUUAUACGCCCUGCGUUCAUCCCGUCCAACUUCCAAUUCUUGUUCAACAUCUCGUUGACACGAUAUGUGGUGGAGACACUGAUGGUCAAUGAGAUGGACAGUGGCAUACGGUUCUAUUGCAAGCGAUCACAGUUUGUACCUGUACCUGUGCGUAUCAACUCGACCACUGUGGCACUGAAGCCAUUCUGUCCAAUACUUGAUGGACCAACAGUCAUGGAGAUCUUUGAUCUGCCUCGUGAUGACCAAUCCAACUUCCUAGUAGUAUUCUUUGUCCUCAUAGUUGUCAUUGGCUUGACAAUACUCGCAUCUCGAUUCUUCAAAUACAAGAAAUGA